CAGCAGUCGUUGGGUGUGUUUUGGCUGCGAGCAGUCGCUUGCUUUUACCAAAGUUUUUACUGCAGAACAGUCAUUUGGAAGCUCAUGAGGUAAAGUAACUUUUUUAACUUGAUAAAAGCAACGCACAUUUCAGUGGAAAAUGAAACUGUCAGAAGUUAAAAGGCUAAAAGUGGCCGAACUACGAGCCAUGCUCAAAGAGAGAGGACUGGACACCAAAGGACUCAAGGCCGAACUUGUUGGGCGUUUGAUGUCCGCUUUCGAAGCUAAAUUGCAAGCUCCAGAAUCAAGCGAUCUUGGACAAGACAAGGGAGUCCCUGGUCUUGGAGAAGAGCCGAAGCCACAAGAUGACGAGUCACCCAGAGCAUCCACAGUGUUAGCGAUGGAGAGAGAAUUCCCUCUACCGGGAGAGGAGGCGAAAGUCACUGGACACGAUGGAGACGUUGCAGGCGCGGCAAGUUCAGAGAUGAUGGUGGGACCUGGAGCAGAUUGUUCUCCCACCGGUGCAGACACAGAGGCACCUGCAAUUUCAGCAGCCGAACUUGAUAACAUGUCAACAAGUCAAUUGGAAGACGUGUGUGUAAUCAGCACUUUUGCCAUGAGCCUGUGUGCAGAAACCACGGCAGACAAAGAAGGGUCGAUGGAUCAGACCUCGUUAAAUCAACAAGUUGAACAACAGCAACAUGUCACCCAAGAAGAGAGCGCUCAAGAACAACAGAGUGAGGUUGAACGUGCACUUGGAGUCUCCAAACGGACUGCCACACAGGAAGCAAUGGAGGAGGAGAAAACGACAUCAAAACAACAACAACUGAACACAGCAAGCAUGAGCACCAGUCCAAUUCAAAAUACAUUUAAUACAUCACAGAUAUCACUGAUAGACAUCGGGUAUCAAGACACAAGUAUGUUGGUUGUUGGGCAGUCUAAAGAAGAGCAUGCCGGAUCAGCUGUGGAGGAGGAGGACAGUCUCUCCAUGGUAGCACAGAGAGGGAGCAGCACUGAACCCAGCCUCAGUCUGGGAUCUGUCUCUGUGACCAGUGACCAGACCAGCCAGGACACAGGUAGAUAUGAUAUGACACACACUGAAUAAUGUAAUGCUUAUUUUUAUUGUAUCCAUCAGGGUUGGGGUCAAUUCCAUUUUAUUUACAGUCAAUUCAAAAAGUGAACCAAACUCCAAUUUAAAAAAACAAAAAAAUCCUAAUUGAAGAGAAUUGGAAUUUGAAUUUUAGUGUUCUUCCUGACUGGAAUUUAAAUGGAAUUGACCCCAACCCUGGUAUCCAUAUGUUACAGGUUUAUAACCAAUGUUGUACAUUGGCAUACACUUUUAGAGUGAUCAAUCAAUCAAUCAAUCAUAACCCCCUCCUCUCCCUCUCUCGUUGCAGUGUUUCACAUGGAGAAAGCCAAGGAAAAUAGGCCUGGAGGUGGAGGGGAGAAGCGGUGGGUGAAGAGGCCUGCUCAGGGUGAGGUGACCAGAGGCCGGGCCUACUACGAAUUCAAGGAGGAGAUCCAGUACAACAGGUAUACUUACAGUACCUUUCCUCCAUGACUCAAGUUCUGCAGGGUUUUCUGAGUGAGCCUGGGGAAAUUAUCCCCUACCCAUCAGAUGAGUGUCUUUAAACAUGACCAAACUCACUCUCUGUCUCUCUACACAGGGCCAAAUCCCCAUUGCCUCAGCCUGAGAGUAAUGGUGUUGAUACCGAAGAAGGACGGGUCAGACUAGACUCCUGUGAGUUUAAUUAUGAAGGAUCUCUCUCUCUCUCUCUCUCUCAAUGCCAUGGUUGACCAGUGUGAUGUCAGUGCAAACGCUGGAUAAUGGUCAGUUGGGCUCCCUCCCCAAUCUCCACAGAUGGCGGUGACCUGCACUUUGAGGUGGGCCGGGACGGCUGCAGCGGCCAGCCAAGGUUCUGGGAGCGCUGCCCUCUCCUGUGGUCUGGAUGCAGGCUGACACACGGAACUCACCAGGGGAGGGUGGGCUUCGAGGCUAGGUUUGAGAAAAAGCUGGUGUCCCCAUCACUGGACCCUGAGGACCCUGAGCACCAUGGUCUGAGACUGGGCUGGUCAGUGGAGCAUUGGAACUCCAGCCUGAUGCUGGGUAAGGACUGAAUGUUUUUCCAACAAACAAUUUGACAAUUAUGUGGAUAUGUUCUGGUUAUAAAUGUCCCUUGGUUUAACAGAGGUACUUCUUUGAGUCUUAUGAAUAAAAUACUGUGUUUCAGUAUGAUUUGUGCUGAUUUUUUUCUUUCUGUCUCUCAUUCAGGUGAUGUGGACUUGUCUUACGGUUACGACGCUAGGGGCAGAAAAGUGACGGCUGGGAAAGAGGAGGAGUUUGGAGAGCCCUUUUCAGAGGGCGAUGUCAUUGGCUGUUAUGCUGUGAGUGGCACUAGUUUUUUUAACCCCUCCCUCCCUUUCUUCACUCUCUUGAAUACAGUACAUGUUGAAAUGCCAUUUUAAUGAUAACAGUUAGAAUCAAAAAAAUACAAACCUUGGAAUUACUAUUGUAGUCAUCUGUGCCUCGCUUUGUGUUUAUGGGUUUGUUCGUGUCUCCCUGCAUCUUUCCAUCCAUAGUCUUUCUCUAAGGAGGAAGGAGUUGAGCUCUCCUUCCAUAAGAACGGUCGCCUUAUGGGAGUGGCGUUCCACCUGAGUCCUGCUGUUCUCUGGGGUUCUGUGCUGUACCCCCACGUCCUCUGCAAAAACACCUCUAUCACCCUCAACUUGGACCCCACCUCUCCCCCCUGGUACCCCAGCCCUGCAGGGUACACCCCCAUCCCCUCCCUGCCUGCUGGACAAAGGCUCAGUGCCCCAACCCCACCAACCUCCAAACUGCAGUGUGAGGUGAGAGAGCAGAACAGAGCAAUGGCUGCCAGCACUAACAUGAACUCUAUCCUCUGGCCUGUGUGCACUUUAUUUACGCUCUACCCCUCUCCCUCCUCUCUCUACCCCUCUCCCUCCUCUCUCUACCCCUCUCCCUCCUCUCUCUACCCCUCUCCCUCCUCUCUCUACCCCUCUCCCUCCCUCUCUACCCCUCUCCCUCCCUCUCUACCCUCUCCCUACCCCUCUACUCCCUACCCCUCCCCCUCUCUCUACCCCUCUCCCUACUCUCUCUACCCCUCUCCUCUCUACUCUACCCCUCUCCCUCCUCUCUCUACCCCCUCUCCCUCCUUCUCUCUACCCCUCUCCCUCCUCUCUCUAUCACCCCCCUCUCCCUCCUCUCUCUACCCUCUCCCUCCUCUCUCUCUACCCCUCUCCCUCCUCCUCUACUCUCUACCCCUCUCCCUCUCUCCUACUCUCUACCCCUCUCCCUCCUCUCUCUACCCCUCUCCCCUCCCUCCUCCUCUCUCUAACCCCUCUCCUCCUCUCUCUUAAACCCCUCUCCCUCCCUCUCUCUAACCUCUCGCUCUCCUACACUACCCCUCUCCCUCCUCUCUACUCAAACCCCUCUCCCUCUCUCUCUAACCCCCUCUCCUCCUCCCUACUCUCCUCCUUCCUACCUCUCCCUCUCUACCCCUCCCCUCUCUCUUCCUCAGGUAUUGAUGAUGGUUGGUCUGCCAGGGGCAGGUAAGACCCACUGGGCCAGGGCUCACAUGAAGCAACACCCAGAGAAGAGAUACACCUUGCUGGGCACCGCAGGCCUCCUACCCUGCAUGAAGGUCAGACCACCAGACACACAACUACCCACUAUUACAACACCAUUAUAACACCAUUAUUGCACCAUUAAAACACCAUUAUAACACUAACACUAUUCAUAGUUUUAUUCACGUAUUGAUUAUAUAACUUCCAAAAGUGUGUGUCUGUGUGUCUGUGUGUCUGUGUGUUGUUGGCUGUACCUAUGUGUUCCUCUCCACAGGGGCAGGGUCGUAGAGAGAGCAGGCUGCAGCAGGCCUCUCAGUGUCUCAGUGAGCUGAUCAAGGUGGCGGCUCAGACUCCACGCAACUACAUCCUGGACCAGGUAGGUAGAUAUUUGAUAGGACAACCAGGGGAGGCAGGGUCUGCUGAUAGGGCGCUAAAUAUUGAUAGGCUAGCUCCCUGAAAGAGGGAUGGUGUAUUAACUGAUAGGCCAGGAAUAAAAUCUAUCAUAAUUAAAAUGUGAUAGUUUAGACCAGGGGUGUCAAACUCAUUUUAGCUCAGGGGCCACAUGGAGGAAAAUCUAUUCCCAAGUGGGCCGGACCGGAAAAAUCAUGGUAUAUAUAACUUAAAAACAACAACUUCAGAUUGUUUUCUUUGUUUUAAUACGAUCAACAUACAACAUAAAGCUGGAGCCUGAGGACAGUGUGUCCAAAAUAGUACAAGCACAACAUCACUAUUAAUCAUAAAACACGUCAAGUUUAUUUGAAAAUUCUAAAGAAAAAGAACACACAAACACACAAUGCCUCAGUGAUUAACAGAACUGUUUCACAGAUCACAGAACUAUAUCAGGAUGUCAUUUCUCAGGCAGAAAUGUAGAUAAAAAUAAUGAAAUCCUGUUCCCCAAACAAGUGCAAGAACCACAGAGUCAAGAAUAGGUUAAAUAUACAAAUAAAAUAAAAUCAAUUAAAAACAAUAGCACAUCAACAUAAAAACAUAUAAACAUAAAGCUGGAGCCUGAGGACAGUGUCCAAAAGCACAACAUCACUAUUAAUCAUAAAACACCUCAAGUUAUUUGAAAGUUCUGAGGACAAAGAACAGACAAACACACAAUGCCUCAGUGAUUCACAGAAGUAUAUCACAGAUCACAGAACUAUAUCAGGGUGUCAUUUCUCAGGCAGAAAUGUAGAUAAAAAUAAUGAAAUCCUGUUCCCCAAACAAGUGCAAGAACCACAGAGUCAAGAAUAGGUUAAAUAUACAAAUAAAAUCAAUUAAAAACAAUAGCACAUCAACAUAAAAACAUCAACAUAAAUCUGAAAGCGUUGCUCAAACUCCCGUAACAGUCCCGUUAUUUUAUCUUUGAACCGCUUCAUGUCUGCUACAUGUUGGGUCGCGCACACAUUUUUCAGACAGGGGAAGUGAGCUGCAUCACCACCGGCAAGUUGCGUCUCCCACAAUGACAGCUUCAACUUGAAAGAACGUACGCUGUCAUAAUACUGCGUGACAACUUUGUUGCGCCCUUGCAGCUGUUUGUUCAAGUUAUUCAGGUGCUCUGUAACAUCCACCAUAAAUGCAAGGUCCUGCAUCCAUUCUGCGGAAUGAAAUUCUAACACUGGUUUGCCCUUUUCUUCCAUGAACUGUUCAAUUUCUUCUCGUAAAUCAAAGAAACGCCUCAGCACAGCACCUCGGCUUAACCAUCUUACCUCAGUGUGGUAUGGCAGGCCAUAGGUGUGGUCUUUCUCUCUGAGAAGGCUGUCAAACUGACGGUGAUUCAGGCUUCUGGAUCGGAUGAAAUGAACAGUUUGGAUGACCACCUUCAUGACGUUAUCCAUCUUUAAUGACUUGCAACACAAAGCCUCCUGGUGCAAAAUACAGUGAAAAGUCAAAAAAUCACGUCCUCCAUUUGCAGAUUGCACUUUCUCUCUGAACUUUGUCACAACGCCUGCUUUUUUCCCGAUCAUUGAGGGCGCACCAUCUGUAGCCAGGCUGACAGCGCGGGACCAGUCCACUCCGACCCUGUCCAGCGCGCCGACGAGUGCGGUAAAAAUAUCAGCUGCUGUCGUUGUAUCUGUCAUCGGCACCAACUCCACGAACUCCUCGGUGACGGUCAAUGUGUCAUCAACUCCGCGGAUGAAAAUGGCCAGUUGUGCAACAUCUGUAAUGUCCGUGCUUUCAUCAAUUGCAACCGAAAACGCAAUAAAUGACUGAAAGAUCGGAAAUCCUGUCUGCAACUGUGUUUCUUGUCAGGCUGAUAUUUGCAAAAGCCUGCCGCUUUUCAGGGCACACAAUCUCCGCUGCCUUCAUCAUGCAUGUUUUUACAAAUUCACCCUCACUAAAUGGUUUUGAAGCCACUGCGAUUUCAUUAGCAAUGAGGUAGCUAGCUUUCACUGCAGCGUCACUGAUGUCUCGGCUGUGAGUAAACACAGACUGCUGUUUCUUCAGACCCGCCAACAGUUCAUUCACCUUCUCUCAUCUCCGCUGUCCUUGAAAGUUGUCAUAUUUGUCGGCAUGAAGACUCACAUAGUGGCGACGAAGGUUAUAUUCUUUCAGCACUGCAACAUGCUCUGAACACACCAAACAUACAGCUUUCCCAUUCAAUUCCGUGAAUAAAUAGGAUGACCAUUUUUCUUGGAACACUCUGCACUCUGCGUCCACUUUUCUCUUUUUUGACAGAGACAUAUUGGGGCAAUGAGGGUGCCAAAGCAAAUAAUGUUAAAAGUAGAAGCCGUAAUAAAUAUCGCGGGCAAAACAAAGUAGCUCAUUGGCUGCACGUGCUUGACCUACUUGCUCUGCCCCGGUAUAAACAGUUUGCUUGCUUAACACAAUUGCUAUUGCGCCAUCCAGUGGACGCAAUUGUAACAGCAGUUUAUUUUAUUGAAAAAUUGCAGCCCAUUUUUAUACUUUACACACAAAAAAAAAAAUUAUUAUAUAUUUUUUUUUUUCUCAAAAUCAUCUCGCGGGCCGGAUUAAACCCGUUUGCGGGCCUGAUCCGGCCCGCGGGCCAUACGUUUGACACCCCUGGUUUAGACAAUCUUUCUCUCCACUCCUCUCUUUGUUGCCUCUCCACCUCUCCCCCUCCUAAAUAACCCAGAGCAAAAAAUAGGAAUUGGAGUUCUCUGUAAAGACAAUUGGACAAUAAAGUAUUCUUCUUUGUCCCCAGCCCAACGUCCACCCCUCAGCUCAGCGCCAGAGGCUGCUGUGGUUCGGGGGUUUCAGGCGGAGGGCGGUGGUGGUGUUCCCAUCUAAAGAGGAGUGGAAGAGGCGUCUGCAGGAGCAACAGGAGGAGGAGGGGGACCAGAUCCCUGAAACUGAUCUCCACAAGGUCAAAGGUCAGGGAAAUACGAUACAGAAGAUGAGCAAUGACCUUUUUAAGGAUACUUUCGUAAGCAUUUACACAAUUCAAAAACGUCUAUAGAGUAGCAGCAUAUCAAUCUUUGAGUUGUUCUGAGUUGCAUAGUUUUCACACAGAUUAAGUUUAAUGGAGUAACAUACUGUGCAAGCCUAUACAGUGAAAGGAGAACCUAACUGAAGGUAUGGUUGCUUUUGAUGCUGUCUUGAUGUCCUCUCCUCCCCCCCAGUGAGCUGCACUCUGCCAGAGCAGGGGGACCUGCUGGAGAAAGUGCUGUUUGUGGAGCUAGCCAGAGAGGAGUCACAGGCUCUCUUGGAGGGGUACAAAAAGGAGGCGAAAAGCCUGCUCCCCCCUGUCUCCUCCGCCCCUAAACAACGGAAGAAACCCCGCAUCCGAUACAAUAACCCCUCUAGCCUCGGACAUCAAUCUUAUCACCUUAACAAGACGAGAUUUGGAAGGAUGGCCACGCGAGACUAUAACCCCCCUAACCCCCUCCCCAAGGGCCAGACGGACGGGGGGUACAAUCCAGUGGCUGCUGGUGACUUGAGAGGUCAGGGAGAAUGAUUGAUGAAAACAUGUAUAUAUAUUUGGGGGGAAACUUGAGUGCCGCUAUUACUGUGUAAUUAUUCCUUAAUAUGUUUGGUCUGGUAAUAUGUCAUGCCUUGGGGUACCUAUGGUUACAGCAAUAACAUUACUGAUUUUGGUUUGUUUGUCUGUAGGUUGGGACCGCACAUGGUUCAACCAGGGCCAGCCAUACCCAUAUGGUCAUCAGCAGUACUGGGCACCACAGCAGCUCAGAUAUGUGAGUCCUUCGUCUAUCCAAUAAACCUCUGAUAGAUAUACUUCACCUUUACAUAGUUUCCUUCUGUUCCGCUUUAUUAAUUCAUACAUUUUUGUGAUUUUUUCAUUGAUUUAGAAUUAUUAGUUUAUUGGAUAGGACAGAAAUAGACUAGAAUGAUAUAGUAGAGAGUUGCUGAUAUAGCAGUGGGCCAGAUUGGAAACCAUGCAGCAGUGGUAUAUAAUCUAGAGACAGUGGUAUAUAACCUAGAAGCAGGUGUAUAUGAUCUAGAGGCACGGGUAUAAUCUAGAGACAGUGGUAUAUAACCUAGAAGCAGGUGUAUAUGAUCUAGAGGCACGGGUAUAUAAUCUAGAGACAGUGGUAUAUAACCUAGAAGCAGGUGUAUAUGAUCUAGUGGCACGGGUAUAUAAUCUAGAGACAGUGGUAUAUAACCUAGAAGCAGGUGUAUAUGAUCUAGAGGCACGGGUAUAUAAUCUAGAGACAGUGGUAUAUAACCUAGAAGCAGGUGUAUAUGAUCUAGAGGCACGGGUAUAUAAUCUAGAGACAGUGGUAUAUAACCUAGAAGCAGGUGUAUAUGAUCUAGAGGCACAGGUAUAUAAUCUAGAAGCAGGUGUAUAUGAUCUAGAGGCACGGGUAUAUAAUCUAGAGACAGUGGUAUAUAACCUAGAAGCAGGUGUAUAUGAUCUAGAGGCACGGGUAUAUAAUCUAGAGACAGUGGUAUAUAACCUAGAAGCAGGUGUAUAUGAUCUAGAGGCACGGGUAUAUAAUCUAGAGACCAGUGGUAUAUAACCUAGAAGCAGGUGUAUAUGAUCUAGAGGCACGGGUAUAUAAUCUAGAGACAGUGGUAUAUAACCUAGAAGCAGGUGUAUAUGGAUCUAGCGGCACAGGUCUAUAUAUCUAGAAGCAGGUGUAUAUGAUCUAGAGGCACGGGUAUAUAACCUAGAGACAGUGGUAUAUCUAACCUCGAAGCAGGGUAUUUGUAUACUGAUCUAGAGGCACGGGUAUAUAAUCUAGAGACAGUGGUAUAUUAAACUAGAAGCAGGUGUAAUGAUCUAGAGGCACGGGAUAUAAUCUAGAGACAGUGUAUAUAAACCUAGAAGCAGGUGUAUAUGAUCUAGAGGCACAGGUAUAUAAUCUGAAGCAGGUUAUAUGAUCUAGAGGCACGGGUAUAUAAUCUAGAGACAGUGGUAUAUAACCUAGAAGCGGUGUAUAUGAUCUAGAGGCACGGGUAUAUAAUCUAGAGACAGUGGUAUAUAACCUAGAAGCAGGUGUAUAUGAUCUAGAGGCACGGGUAUAUAAUCUAGAGACAGUGGUAUAUAACCUAGAAGCAGGUGUAUAUGAUCUAGAGGUACGGUAUAUAAUCUAGAGACAGUGGUAUAUAACCUAGAAGCAGGUGUAUAUGAUCUAGAGGCACGGGUAUAUAAUCUAGAGACAGUGGUAUAUAAUCUAGAAGCAGGUGUAUAUGAUCUAGAGGCACGGGUAUAUCAUCUAGAGAGUGGUAUAUAACCUAGAAGCAGGUGUAUAUGAUCUAGAGGCACGGAUAUAUAAUCUAGAGACAGUGGUAUAUAAUCUAGAAGCAGGUGUAUAUGAUCUAGAGGCACGGGUAUAUAAUCUAGAGACAGUGGUAUAUAACCUAGAAGCAGGUGUAUAUGAUCUAGAGGCACGGGUAUAUAAUCUAGAGACAGUGGUAUAUAACCUAGAAGCAGGUGUAUAUGAUCUAGAGGCACAGGUAUAUAAUCUAGAAGCAGGUGUAUAUGAUUUAGAGGCACGGGUAUAUAAUCUAGAGACAGUGGUAUAUAACCUAGAAGCAGGUGUAUAUGAUCUAGAGGCACGGGUAUAUAAUCUAGAGACAGUGAUAUAUAACCUAGAAGCAGGUGUAUAUGAUCUAGAGGCACGGGUAUAUAAUCUAGAGACAGUGGUAUAUAACCUAGAAGCAGGUGUAUAUGAUCUAGAGGCACGGGUAUAUAAUCUAGAGACAGUGGUAUAUAACCUAGAAGCAGGUGUAUAUGAUCUAGAGGCACGGGUAUAUAAUCUAGAGACAGUGGUAUAUAAUCUAGAAGCAGGUGUAUAUGAUCUAGAGGCACAGGUAUAUAAUCUAGAGAGUGGUAUAUAACCUAGAAGCAGGUGUAUAUGAUCUAGAGGCACGGGUAUAUAAUCUAGAGACAGUGGUAUAUAAUCUAGAAGCAGGUGUAUAUGAUCUAGAGACAGUGGUAUAUAACCUAGAAGCAGGUGUAUAUGAUCUAGAGGCACGGGUAUAUAAUCUAGAGACAGUGGUAUAUAACCUAGAAGCAGGUGUAUAUGAUCUAGAGCAGCCAAACCCAACUGGCCGGACACAGAGAGGGGUCAAUCCAGACCGGAUAACAUCGCAUUUUGUUACAUAAAAGUCAAUACAUUAUUUUUAGACAGCUUUACUAAAUCAACCGGGCGCGGCGGCCUCUUUAACUCAACAACCGCUCUUUCUCGCUCUCUCUCUCGAAGCAACGCCCACCUCUACUAGUGCCCCGUCUAAUACAAUGCCGGGGUUAUAUGCAAAUACAAGAGACUGCGUCUUACCCAAUCACAUGAAUCCAAAUAUCCUCAGCGGAACCUUGGGACAAGCAGGCAGAAAGAAACUGAAAGAUUUGAUCGUGGUUCAACUGUAAAUAUCACAGAUAGGAGCUUAGUUACCAGGAUCUUUGUUAAUAUGGCUUGUUAAAAAAAAAGACAAGUUGACUCUGAAAACCGUAUAUUCAAAGACGAGUGGACGGAACAGUAUUUAUUCAUUCUCCCUGCAACUAGCACAAAACCAAUGUGCCUGAUAUGCAGUGAGUCCGUAGCUCUCGUGAAAAGUGCCAAUGUUAAGCACCAUUAUGACACCAGGCAUAGUAAAUUGGAUCAGACGUAUCCCCUAAACACGGAGGUAAGAACAAACAAGAUUAACCAACUCAAAUCCCAAAAAUGAGAGCUCCACCAAAGUCCUAGAGGCAGGGGUAUAUCAUCUAGAGGCAGGGGUAUAUCAUCUAGAGGCAGGGGUAUAUCAUCUAGAGGCAGGGGUAUGUCAUCUAGAGGCAGGGGUAUAUCAUCUAGAGGCAGGGGUAUAUCAUCUAGAGGCAGGGGUAUAUCAUAUAGAGGCAGGGGGAUAUCAUCUAGAGGCAGGGGUAUAUAAUGGGGGUAUGAAAAAUAAUGUAUGCACUCACUAACUGUAAGUCGCUCUGGAUAAGAGCGUCUGCUAAAUGACUAAAAUGUAAAUGUAAAUGUAUAAUCUAGAGGCAGGGGUGUAUAAUAUAGAGGAUAAUCUAGAGGCAGGGUUGUAUAAUUUAGAGGAUAAUCUAGAGGCAGGGGUGUAUAAUCUAGAGGCAGGGGUUUAUAAUCUAGAGGCAGGGGUGUAUAAUCUAGAGGCAGGGGUGUAUAAUCUAGAGGCAGGGGUGUAUAAUCUAGAGGCAGGGGUGUAUAAUCUAGAGGCAGGGGAGUAUAAUCUAGAGGAUAAUCUAGAGGCAGGGGAGUAUAAUCUAGAGGCAGGGGUUUAUAAUCUAGAGGCAGGGGUGUAUAAUCUAGAGGCAGAGGAGUAUAAUCUAGAGGCAGGGGUAUAUGAUGCCACACAUUUCUGUGAUAUUUAUCUGGCAGGAUGAAACGUUCAAUGGAGCAAACUACCAGUACCGCAGCAACGACUUUAGCCAUGAAGCAUACAGGGAGUACAACAGACAGCUAAACUACAACAAACAGCUAGAAUGCUACAGACAGGAAGAAUGCUACAGACAGGAAGAAUGCUACAGACAGGAAGCAUGCUACAGACAGGAAGCAUGCUACAGACAGGAAGAAUGCCACAGACAGGAAGAAUGCUACAGACAGGAAGCAUGCUACAGACAGGAAGCAUGCUACAGACAGGUAGUGGUACACACACACACAAACAGGCAUGCACAUUGGGUACCUGUCAGGGUUUCCAUUAGCGGUAAUAGCCGGCUUUUGGCCGAAAACAAUAUGAAAAGCCGAUAAAUAAAAAUGGCACCGGCAAAUUGUCCAGGAGUAGAAAACAAAUCCCAUUGCGGAAAUGCAUUUUAGCCUAUUCAUUGAUUAAAAUAUCUGUCAAUGUAGCAUGAGAGCUGCUGCUACAGCUCAUCACACAGCUUGUUUGUUGCUACAGGAGUGAAACGUGCUUUUAUAAGCCCAAUCAUUGUGCGACAAUUCUAAAUGCAAUUGCGUGUUAAAAACAGUUUUGAUGGCCAAGAUUAGAAAUAGCUACUAUUUUUAUUUCUCAACUGGUAAUUGAAGUGUGCUUCCCAUUCAAGUGCAUAGGUAACUAGGCAGGCUUCACACCACUUUGCAAUGAGCUGGAGGCAGUAUGUGCAUUUUGAAAACAUAUACUUAAUUGUUUGAAACCUGAACGUUUUACUACAUUAUGAGGCAUGUCUUACCUUGCUUCAAAGUAGCUUAGCCAAAAUCCAAUCAAACUUGCAGGCAAUUAUUUUUAUGAAGACUUCCAUAUGCCAUUGAAACCAGUAGCCUAUUUAGCUCAUGUUUAGUUGUUUUUCAAAUGUAUUUCAUUGUCCAGUAGCCAAAGGCCCAAUCCUAGUCAUAUUAGCAACCCAUGCUAGCUGUUCCAUCUUUAUCUCCACUCUUCCUACAUUUCUAACAGAUGCAUUCAUCUCGGUCUCAUGAAACCGCUUGCAUGUGCAGUGCUUUCCUGCUAAAUUGCAGUAUGGAACGAACAUUCACGCGUAGCCUACUGCCUUGAAAUAAUAGUUGAUCAACGUUUUAAGCUAAACGCUCUGAUCUGUUGCACGAGCCUCAUUGCUUUUUAACGUUGUUUUGGAUGUAUCCUAGGCCUACUGGUUGUAUGAAUUUAGGAUCUAUCGUCCCACAACUGUCCCAUAGUCUGUUUGGAACAGGCUAUUUCUUUCUCGCACAGAACGACAAGCUGACCAAUAGAAUAGGUUAACUUUUCUACUAUGGGGGCUAGUAUAUUGACCUAGGCUAGUGAUUUUGCUAGUGUCUUCUUGGCUGGACAGUUAUUCUAACAUCCUAAAAUUCCACAUCGGAAUUCGGUAAGGAGCACAUUGCAUCCUCGAGUUGCAUGUUCUGUUAAGAUGAGUUACCAUAAUCUAAAUGUGAUUUUGUCAUUCUGAGUACCGUGGGUGGACGCCCUAAUCAGGUUACGCACCCAAUGCAUAUGGGUCCGGUAAAUUAAAAUGCUGCCGGUCAAAUGUCCUGCACCACAUUUUCCUAACGGAGACCCUGGUACCGGUGUGUGUGCAAAACAGGUAAAUGCUAUAGACAGUGUAGAUGGUAGAAUAGAGAGAGAGCAUACCUGUGUACAGAGCUCUGAGAGGAAGUGCAGUCCAAUCUUUCAGCACCAUAGACAGUCUCACAUGUUAAAAGUCUCCCAGUCAAGGUCUCUGUUGAACAGUAUGAAUGAUGUAUUUAUUCUCUCUCUCCCCCUCUCUGUUCAGUGGAAUCAGAGUUACCAAGACCAGGACUACUACGGCAACAAGAAUCAGGGUUACCAAGACCAGGGCUAUUACGGCAACAAGAAUCAGGGUUACCAAGACCAGGGCUACUAUGGUAACAGGAACUACGCUUACGAUAGUUACCAUUACCAGGGUUACUGUUAA